UAUUUCACAAUGUUGUAUUUCUAUCCAAUCAAAAAAUAAUGGGUGUGUGGGAUGUAGUUGCCGCACAGACAUGGCUCCAUAUGCCGAAAUACUGGCGUUAUAACCUUGAUUGAUCAGUUUCUUCGUUUGAGACAAGCCUAAAAGAGCAACAUGCAGGCUGCUAUGGAUAUCACAGCAAAGUAUUGCCAUAAAGAAAUGGAGGCAUAUGGGUCAUGCGUGGCCUCCAACCCAUCAACAUGGCAGCAUAAGUGUCAUGAGCUGAAGAUGAAGGUUGCACAGUGCACAUCUUCACACCCAGUGAUCCAGAAGAUCAGACAGGACUGUUCCAAGGAGUUUGUGGAGUUUGAGCACUGUCUGAGAGAAAACCAGGACAAACCUACCUCCUGCUCACCACAUGUGGCUCGCUUUCUGGGCUGUGCAGAGACAGUGGACCUCACUGGAGUGGAUACAAAUCCAGUACCUCAGCCAUCGUAGCAUUCAGACAUCUUCCAUCACCUAGAGAUUACUCCUGUCUCCCCCACAGCAUAGAUGGGCUGGUUUCACAUGUGUCCGAGCCAUGUUACUGUAUGUGCAGCGACUGUUAGGAUAUCUGUUUUCCUCUGUGUGACAUAAUGUGACUAUUUGUCUUUCUUCAACAAACAUAUAUGGGAGAUGAAUGCAACAGCACUGUGAGUUAGACAGGUUGGGUAGAAUAUUUAAUUUCUGCAUUGUUCUUUUACUCCUCAUGUAAAUGUUGUGUUCUUGUGAAAAUAACAUUUAUACUUGCCUGUAUACAAUGGUGUCUGUUUUUUUUACUGAGUUGUGUUUAAUCAUCUCAUUAAAAUUGAUAUCAGACUUGUAUUACUCAUC